AUGUUCAGUGAGCCCCAUGAAGCGGCUGUCAUGAAAAUAGCGACAUUGAUUGCACUUGUGCAGCUGUCGCUUGCUACAGCUGUUUCAGAUGGCACCCUCACGGCAGCUGAGUUGAAUAAAGAAUUGGCAGGUGAUAAUAGUCUAAGUCCGUUCUUUGAUGAAAUCAUCGAUGAUACGGCGGUGAAUUUCGUCCGGAGCUCCAGGGCUGCCGACAGUCCUCUUUCUCCGGACAUCAACGUACAAUGCUCAGCAGACUUCAUUGAUGUAACAGUUGAAUUCUCUGAUGUCUACGACGGAAUUAUUUACAGCAAGGGUUUCUUGAACGAUCCGAAAUGCAAAUACGUAUCUCUCGGCGGAAGUCAGUCACGGUACUCGUUCCGAGUGCCGCUGAAGGGCUGCGGCAGCAGAGCUCUUUGCAACGCUUGCGGCACAAUUGAUAAUGUCCUCGUGUUCCAAGCUGACGACUUCGUCCAGGGUCCUUAUGAUUUCGCACGAAAAGUUUCAUGCGCAAGUACAGCUUUGGAGGUAUCUGUCGGAGGAGUUAAGAAAGAGCAAUCGCACGUUUUAAAACUCAAGCCUUUUAUGGUUGAUAUGCUAGAAGUAGUAGCCGUGCCAGGGCCUGCAGGCGGCGUUGAAUGUUGGAUGGACAUACAGAAGGGAGUAUUCCCUAAUACCACUCCUUUAGAACACUCGAUCAAGAUUGGCGAAUACCUAACGAUAUUAAUAUACCUUAAAGACACUAGGAAUCAGUUCAACCUAAAAAUACACGAUUGUUGGGCAUAUGAUAAUGAAGACUAUGAUAACCCGAAUACUAAUAGGAUUCAAUUAACAGAUAAGGAAGGAUGUCCAAAAAAAAGGAAAUUUAUUGAUUUGUUCCAAAAAUCCACGAACACGGGUAGAUCAGGGGCGACACUGAUCGCCUACAGCAAAGUAAGCGCCUUCCGCUUCCCAGAAACCGAUCAAGUAUAUUUAACGUGUAAUGUUGAGCUGUGUAAGAGUGACUGUGAUUCAAGCUGCAGAGAGAUUGUCAAACCAAUAACGACCACGAUAAAACCACAAGAUUUACCUUCCUGUUACCCUGGCAGUGCAGACCCACGUUGUCCACGACCAUCAACUCCCGAAGCUCCAAGAUGUUAUCCAGGAAGUACUGAUCCACGUUGUCCUCAACCAACUACACCGGCGUCACCUCGUUGCUACCCAGGAAGCAGUGACCCACGUUGUCCACGACCAACUACUCCUGAAGCCCCAAGAUGUUAUCCAGGAAGUAGUGACCAACGUUGCCCACAACCUACUACACCGGCACUACCCAAGUGCUUCCCUGGAUCCACUGAUCCACGUUGUCCAAGACCAACGACUCCUGAAGCACCUAGAUGCUACCCUGGAAACAGUGACCCGCGGUGUCCCAAACCCACAACACCUGCCCCACCUAAAUGCUACCCAGGGUCCACCGACCCUCGCUGCCCACAACCAACUACACCAGAGUCACCUAGAUGCUACCCAGGAAGUAGUGACCCACGAUGUCCACGACCAACAACUCCUGAAGCACCUCGAUGCUACCCCGGAAGUGACGAUCCACGUUGUCCAAAACCUACUACACCGGCUCCGCCCAAAUGCUUCCCAGGAUCCACUGAUCCACGUUGUCCAAGACCAACGACUCCUGAAGCACCUAGAUGCUACCCUGGAAACAGUGACCCGCGGUGUCCCAAACCCACAACACCUGCCCCACCUAAAUGCUACCCAGGGUCCACCGACCCUCGCUGCCCACAACCAACUACACCAGAGUCACCUAGAUGCUACCCAGGAAGUAGUGACCCACGAUGUCCACGACCAACAACUCCUGAAGCACCUCGAUGCUACCCCGGAAGUGACGAUCCACGUUGUCCAAAACCUACUACACCGGCUCCGCCCAAAUGCUUCCCAGGAUCCACUGAUCCACGUUGCCCGCGACCAACAACUCCCGAAACACCAAGAUGUUACCCAGGAAGCAGUGACCCUCGUUGUCCUAAACCAACGACACCAGAGUCGCCUCGUUGCUACCCAGGAAGCAAUGACCCCCGUUGUCCUAAGCCCACUACUCCAGCACCACCAAAAUGCUUCCCUGGCAGCAAUGACCCACGUUGCCCACAACCAACUACACCAGAGUCACCUCGAUGCUACCCAGGAAGUAGUGACCCACGUUGCCCACGACCAACGACUCCUGAAACACCUAGAUGCUACCCCGGAAGUAAUGACCCUCGUUGUCCUAAACCAACUACACCAGAACAACCAAGGUGUUUCCCAGGCAGCACAGAUUCUCGUUGCCCUAAAGUAACAACACCAGUCCCAACAAAACCCUCUUGUUACCCAGGCUCAACUGAUCCUAACUGUCCACAACCAUCGAGGCCAACAACGCUUAAUCCACCUACAUAUUUACCUCCUUCAACACCAGCACCACCAAAAUGCUUCCCUGGCAGCAAUGACCCUCGUUGCCCACAACCAACUACACCAGAGUCACCUCGAUGCUUCCCCGGAAGUGAGGAUCCUCGUUGUCCAAAACCUACUACACCAGCUCCACCAAAAUGCUACCCAGGAUCCACCGAUCCACGUUGUCCAAGACCAACGACUCCUGAAGCACCUAGAUGCUACCCCGGAAGCAGUGACCCGCGUUGCCCGAAACCAACUACGCCAGAGACACCUCGAUGCUACCCAGGAAGUAGUGACCCACGUUGUCCACGACCAACAACUCCUGAAGCACCUCGAUGCUACCCCGGGAGUGAGGAUCCACGUUGUCCAAAACCUACUACACCGGCUCCACCCAAAUGCUUCCCAGGAUCCAUCGAUCCACGUUGUCCAAGACCAACAACUCCUGAAGCACCUCGAUGCUACCCCGGAAGUGAGGAUCCACGUUGUCCAAAACCUACUACACCGGCUCCACCAAAAUGCUACCCAGGAUCCACCGAUCCACGUUGUCCAAGACCAACGACUCCUGAAGCACCUAGAUGUUACCCCGGAAGCAGUGACCCGCGUUGCCCGAAACCAACUACGCCAGAGACACCUCGAUGCUACCCAGGAAGUAGUGACCCACGUUGUCCAAGACCAACAACUCCUGAAUCACCUAGAUGCUACCCUGGAAGUGAUGAUCCACGUUGUCCAAAACCUACUACACCGGCUCCACCAAAAUGCUUCCCAGGAUCCACCGAUCCACGUUGUCCAAGACCAACGAGUCCCGAAACACCUAGAUGCUACCCUGGAAGCACUGACCCACGUUGUCCAAAACCAACUACUCCUGCACCACCAAGAUGCUUCCCAGGGAGCAACGAUCCUCGCUGUCCUAAAGUAAUAACCCCAGAACCAACAAAGCCCUCUUGUUACCCAGGCUCACCUGAUGCGAACUGUCCACAACCGUCAAGGCCAACAACGCUUAAUCCACCUACUUACUUACCUCCUUCAACACCAGCACCACCAAAAUGCUUCCCCGGAUCCACUGAUCCACGUUGUCCAAGACCAACAACUCCUGAAGCACCUAGAUGUUACCCCGGAAGCAGUGACCCGCGUUGCCCGAAACCAACUACGCCAGAGACACCAAGAUGCUACCCAGGAAGUAGUGACCCUCGUUGUCCACGACCUACAACUCCAGAAGCACCUCGAUGCUACCCCGGAAGUGACGAUCCACGUUGUCCCAAACCUACUACACCGGUUCCACCAAAAUGCUUCCCAGGAUCAACCGAUCCACGUUGUCCAAGACCAACGACUCCUGAAGCACCUAGAUGUUACCCCGGAAGUGACGAUCCUCGUUGUCCAAAACCUACUACACCGGCUCCGCCAAAAUGUUUCCCAGGAUCCACCGAUCCACGUUGUCCAAGACCAACGACUCCCGAAACUCCUAGAUGUUACCCAGGAAGCAAUGACCCUCGUUGCCCGAAACCAACAACACCAGAGUCACCUCGUUGCUACCCAGGAUCCACUGAUCCACGUUGCCCACGACCAACAACUCCUGAAGCACCUCGAUGCUACCCCGGAAGUGACGAUCCACGUUGUCCUAAACCCACUACCCCAGCCCCACCAAAAUGCUUCCCCGGUAGCAAUGACCCUCGUUGUCCUAAACCCACUACACCAGCCCCACCUAAAUGUUUCCCAGGAUCCACUGAUCCACGGUGCCCACGACCAACAACUCCUGAAGCACCUAGAUGCUACCCCGGAAGUGAGGAUCCACGUUGUCCAAAACCUACUACACCGGCUCCACCAAAAUGCUACCCAGGAUCCACCGAUCCACGUUGUCCAAGACCAACGACUCCCGAAGCACCUAGAUGCUACCCUGGAAGCACUGACCCACGUUGUCCAAAACCAACUACUCCUGCACCACCAAGAUGCUUCCCAGGGAGCAACGAUCCUCGCUGUCCUAAAGUAAUAACCCCAGAACCAACAAAGCCCUCUUGUUACCCAGGCUCACCUGAUCCGAACUGUCCACAACCGUCAAGGCCAACAACGCUUAAUCCACCUACUUAUUUACCUCCUUCAACACCAGCACCACCAAAAUGCUUCCCCGGAUCCACUGAUCCACGUUGUCCAAGACCAACAACUCCUGAAGCACCUAGAUGUUACCCCGGAAGCAGUGACUCGCGUUGCCCGAAACCAACUACGCCAGAGACACCAAGAUGCUACCCAGGAAGUAGUGACCCUCGUUGUCCACGACCUACAACUCCAGAAGCACCUCGAUGCUACCCUGGAAGUGACGAUCCUCGUUGUCCCAAACCUACUACACCGGCUCCACCAAAAUGCUUCCCAGGAUCAACCGAUCCACGUUGUCCAAGACCAACGACUCCUGAAGCACCUAGAUGUUACCCCGGAAGUGACGAUCCACGUUGUCCCAAACCUACUACACCAGCUCCACCAAAAUGCUUCCCAGGAUCAACCGAUCCACGUUGUCCAAGACCAACGACUCCUGAAGCACCUAGAUGUUACCCCGGAAGUGACGAUCCACGUUGUCCAAAACCUACUACACCGGCUCCGCCAAAAUGUUUCCCAGGAUCCACCGAUCCACGUUGUCCAAGACCAACGACUCCCGAAACUCCUAGAUGUUACCCAGGAAGCAAUGACCCUCGUUGCCCGAAACCAACAACACCAGAGUCACCUCGUUGCUACCCAGGAUCCACUGAUCCACGUUGCCCACGACCAACAACUCCUGAAGCACCUCGAUGCUACCCCGGAAGUGACGAUCCACGUUGUCCUAAACCCACUACCCCAGCCCCACCAAAAUGCUUCCCCGGUAGCAAUGAUCCUCGUUGUCCUAAACCCACUACACCAGCCCCACCUAAAUGUUUCCCAGGAUCUACUGAUCCACGUUGCCCACGACCAACAACUCCUGAAGCACCUCGAUGCUACCCCGGAAGUGACGAUCCACGUUGUCCUAAACCCACCACACCAGCCCCACCUAAAUGUUUCCCAGGAUCCACUGAUCCACGUUGCCCACGACCAACAACUCCUGAAGCACCUAGAUGCUACCCUGGAAGCACUGACCCACGUUGUCCUAAACCAACUACUCCUGCACCACCAAGAUGCUUCCCAGGGAGCAACGAUCCUCGCUGUCCUAAAGUAACAACCCCAGAACCAACAAAGCCCUCUUGUUAUCCAGGCUCACUUGAUCCGAACUGUCCACAACCGUCAAGGCCAACAACGCUUAAUCCACCUACUUAUUUACCUCCUUCAACACAAGCACCACCAAAGUGCUUCCCCGGAUCCACUGACCCGCGUUGUCCGAGACCAACAACUCCUGAAGCACCUAGAUGUUACCCAGGAAGUAGUGACCCUCGUUGUCCAAAACCCACUACCCCCGCCCCACCGAAAUGCUUCCCCGGUAGCAAUGACCCUAGUUGCCCAAAACCGACUACACCAGAGUCACCUCGAUGCUACCCAGGAAGUAGUGACCCUCGUUGUCCACGACCAACAACUCCUGAAGCACCUCGAUGCUACCCCGGAAGUGACGAUCCACGUUGCCCUAAACCUACUACACCAGCUCCACCCAAAUGCUUCCCAGGAUCCACCGAUCCACGUUGUCCAAGACCAACGACUCCCGAAGCACCUAGAUGUUACCCCGGAAGCAGUGACCCUCGUUGUCCUAAACCCACUACACCAGCCCCACCUAAAUGUUUCCCAGGAUCCACUGAUCCACGUUGCCCACGACCAACAACUCCUGAAGCACCUAGAUGUUACCCAGGAAGCAAUGACCCUCGUUGCCCGAAACCAACAACACCAGAGUCACCUCGUUGCUACCCAGGAAGUAGUGACCCACGUUGUCCAAGACCAACGACUCCCGAAGCACCUAGAUGUUACCCCGGAAGCAAUGACCCUCGUUGUCCUAAACCCACUACACCAGCCCCACCUAAAUGUUUCCCAGGAUCCACUGAUCCACGUUGCCCACGACCAACAACUCCUGAAGCACCUAGAUGCUACCCUGGAAGCAAUGACCCACGUUGUCCUAAACCAACUACUCCUGCACCACCAAGAUGCUUCCCAGGGAGCAACGAUCCUCGCUGUCCUAAAGUAACAACCCCAGAACCAACAAAGCCCUCUUGUUAUCCAGGCUCACCUGAUCCAAACUGUCCACAACCGUCAAGGCCAACAACGCUUAAUCCACCUACUUAUUUACCUCCUUCAACACAAGCACCACCAAAAUGCUUCCCCGGAUCCACUGACCCGCGUUGUCCAAGACCAACAACUCCUGAAGCACCUAGAUGUUACCCAGGAAGUAGUGACCCUCGUUGUCCAAAACCCACUACCCCCGCCCCACCGAAAUGCUUCCCCGGUAGCAAUGACCCUCGUUGCCCAAAACCGACUACACCAGAGUCACCUCGAUGCUACCCAGGAAGUAGUGACCCUCGUUGUCCACGACCAACAACUCCUGAAGCACCUCGAUGCUACCCCGGAAAUGACGAUCCACGUUGUCCUAAGCCUACUACACCAGCUCCACCCAAAUGCUUCCCAGGAUCCACCGAUCCACGUUGUCCAAGACCAACGACUCCCGAAACACCUAGAUGUUACCCAGGAAGCAAUGACCCUCGUUGUCCGAAACCAACAACACCAGAGUCACCUCGUUGCUACCCAGGAAGUAGUGACCCACGUUGCCCACGACCAACAACUCCUGAAGCACCUAGAUGUUACCCCGGAAGUGACGAUCCACGUUGUCCUAAACCUACUACACCAGCUCCACCCAAAUGCUUCCCAGGAUCCACCGAUCCACGUUGUCCAAGACCAACGACUCCCGAAGCACCUAGAUGUUACCCCGGAAGCAGUGACCCUCGUUGUCCUAAACCCACUACACCAGCCCCACCUAAAUGUUUCCCAGGAUCCACUGAUCCACGUUGCCCACGACCAACAACUCCUGAAGCACCUAGAUGUUACCCAGGAAGCAAUGACCCUCGUUGCCCGAAACCAACAACACCAGAGUCACCUCGUUGCUACCCAGGAAGUAGUGACCCACGUUGCCCACGACCAACAACUCCUGAAGCACCUAGAUGCUACCCUGGAAGCACUGACCCACGUUGUCCAAAACCAACUACUCCUGCACCACCAAGAUGCUUCCCAGGGAGCAACGAUCCUCGUUGUCCUAAAGUAACAACCCCUGAACCAACAAAGCCCUCUUGUUACCCAGGCUCACCUGAUCCGAACUGUCCACAACCGUCAAGGCCAACAACGCUUAAUCCACCUACUUAUUUACCUCCUUCAACACCAGCUACACCAAAAUGCUUCCCCGGAUCCACUGAUCCACGUUGUCCAAGACCAACAACUCCUGAAGCACCUAGAUGUUACCCAGGAAGUAGUGACCCUCGUUGUCCAAAACCCACUACCCCCGCCCCACCGAAAUGCUUCCCCGGUAGCAAUGACGCUCGUUGCCCAAAACCGACUACACCAGAGUCACCUCGAUGCUACCCAGGAAGAAGUGACCCUCGUUGUCCACGACCAACAACUCCUGAAGCACCUCGAUGCUACGCCGGAAGUGACGAUCCACGUUGUCCUAAACCCACUACACCAGCCCCUCCGAAAUGUUUCCCAGGAUCCACUGAUCCACGUUGCCCGAAACCAACAACACCAGAGUCACCUCGUUGCUACCCAGGAAGUAGUGACCCACGUUGCCCACGACCAACAACUCCUGAAUCACCUAGAUGUUACCCAGGAAGUAGUGACCCUCGUUGUCCUAAACCCACUACACCAGCCCCUCCCAAAUGUUUCCCAGGAUCCACUGAUCCACGUUGUCCAAAACCAACAACUCCUGAAACACCUAGAUGUUACCCAGGAAGUAAUGAUCCUCGUUGUCCUAAACCCACUACACCAGCCCCCCCUAAAUGCUUCCCGGGAUCAAGUGAUCCGCGUUGUCCACAACCAACAACUCCUGAAGGACCUAGAUGCUACCCUGGAAACACUGACCCACGUUGUCCUAAACCAACUAGUCCUACACCACCAAGAUGUUUCCCAGGGAGCACCGACCCUCGCUGUCCUAAAGUAACAACCCCAGCACCAACAAAGCCUUCAUGUUACCCAGGCUCACCUGAUCCUAACUGUCCACAACCAUCGAGGCCGACAACGCUUAAUCCACCUACUUAUUUACCUCCUUCAACACCAGCCCCACCUAAAUGCUUCCCCGGAUCCACUGAUCCACGUUGUCCAAGACCAACAACUCCUGAAGCACCUAGAUGUUACCCCGGAAGCAAUGAUCCUCGUUGUCCUAAGCCCACUACACCAGCCCCUCCUAAAUGUUUCCCAGGAUCUACUGAUCCACGUUGCCCAAGACCAACCACUCCUGAAGAACCAAGAUGUUACCCCGGAAGCAAUGAUCCUCGUUGUCCUAAACCCACUACACCAGCCCCUCCUAAAUGUUUCCCAGGAUCCACUGAUCCACGUUGCCCAAGACCAACCACUCCUGAAGAACCCAGAUGUUACCCCGGAAGCAAUGAUCCUCGUUGUCCUAAACCCACUACACCAGCCCCUCCUAAAUGUUUCCCAGGAUCCACUGAUCCACGUUGUCCAAGACCAACAACUCCUGAAGAACCCAGAUGUUACCCCGGAAGCAAUGAUCCUCGUUGUCCUAAACCCACUACACCAGCCCCUCCUAAAUGUUUCCCAGGAUCCACUGAUCCACGUUGUCCAAGACCAACCACUCCUGAAGCACCUCGAUGCUACCCAGGAAGCAACGACCCUCGUUGCCCCAGACCAACGACUCCUGAAGCACCUCGAUGCUACCCAGGAAGCAACGACCCUCGUUGUCCCAGACCAACAACUCCUGAAGCACCUCGAUGCUACCCAGGAAGCAACGACCCUCGUUGUCCCAGACCAACAACUCCUGAAGCACCUCGAUGCUACCCAGGAAGCAACGACCCUCGUUGUCCCAGACCAACAACUCCUGAAGCACCUCGAUGCUACCCAGGAAGCAGUGACCCACGUUGUCCUAAACCCACGACGCUAGCCCCGCCUAAAUGCGUCCCAGGAUCCACUGAUCCACGUUGCCCACAACCAACUACACCAGAGCCGCCAAGAUGUUUCCCAGGAAGUACCGAUCCUCGCUGUCCUAAAAUAACAACACCAAUUCCAACAAAACCCGUUUGUUACCCAGGCUCGCCAGAUCCUAACUGUCCACAACCGUCUAGACCAACAACUCUUAAUCCACCUACUUACCUACCUCCUUCUACAACAAUUCAACCAAAAUGUUUCCCAGGAAGUUCGGAUCCUCGUUGUCCUCGACCCACUAUUCCUGAUACUCCCAGAUGCUAUCCAGGAAGCACAGAUUCCCGUUGCCCUAAACCUUCAAGUCCUCAACCAACAAUCCCGCAACCAAGCCCGACGCCCAGUUCAUGUUACCCCGGGUCAAAGGAUCCAAAAUGUCCUCAACCAUUCGCUCCUAGUAGCACAAACCCCCCAACAACUUAUUUACCACCAUUUCCUUCAGAUAACGAAAUUAACUCUGGAAAAUUAGCCAAUAAGAAUUUCGAUUAUUACGAUGACUCACAGUUAGCAAUCGAUAAUUUUGAUUUCUCUCGUACUAAACCCAAAACGAGAAAUGUAAGAGAUUUGAGUAAACCUUCUGCUGAAGAGAGCCUAGGUCAAUUUUCUGGAUUUGACAACCUUGCUAUUAUAGGCUCAGUAUUGUUUGUCGUCUUGAUCAUAGCAGUUGCUAUUGGUUCAAUGAAAUACAGACAAAUGAAAAGGAAAAACGGUUUAAAUAUAAAAUCAACUCAGAAUCCUUGUUAA